CAGGUGGCGAAACCAAUGGAGCGGCGCGGCGCCGCGGCGGGGGGGGCUGCUGGCCAAUGGCGACGCGGCGGGGCCCGCCCGGCAGCCAAUGGGCGGGCGCGCGGGGGGCGGCGCGGCUACAUGUUGCGGUGUCGCCAACGUGGGUCCGCGGCGAGCGGCGCUCGGGCCGGGCGGCAGCGGCGGCGACCCCGCGGGAGUGCACCGGGACCGGCCGGCGCCCGCCGAGCCCGAGCCGUGCGGCGCCCAGCAGGAGGAGCAGGAAGCGCUUCUUCCCGCGGCGGGGACGCGGACUCGACCCGCCCGGCAGCGCCCGGUGGAUGCCGGUGCCGUAGCGCCCCGCGGGGCCGGCGGCCGAGGCGAUGCUGCGGGCGGCGGAGCGGCGCUGAGCGCCCGCGGCGUGAGCGCUCCCGCCGCCUCCUCCGACCGCGGACGUUUCCCAGUGCCGGAUACAAAAUGGCGCUGCCGUCACGGGCGGCGGCGGCGCUGCUGCUGCUGGGGCUGCUGGGCUCGGCCGCCGCCGGGUGCCCCGCGGGCUGCGCCUGCGGCGGGGCCGCGCUGAGCUGCGGCGGGCUGGCGCUGCCCGCGCUGCCCCGGGACCUGCCCCGCUGGCCGCGGCACGUAAACCUGAGCUACAACAAGUUGACAGAGAUUGAUCCUUCUGCCUUUGCAGAGCUGUCGAACCUGCAGGAACUGCGACUGGACAACAACGAGCUGACUGCCAUCCCCUCCCUGGGAUCUGCUGCCUCCAGGCUCCUCUCCCUCCACCUGCAUCACAACAGGAUCCGCAGCAUUGAAGCCAGUCAACUGCAGCCCUACGUUACCCUGGAAACGUUGGACCUGAGUUUCAAUGACAUCACGGAAAUCCGAAACGGCUGCUUUCCACAGGGACUUCACAUAAAGGAGCUCUACCUGGGGAGCAACAGAAUCAGCACCCUGGAGCCUGGUGCUUUUGAUAGCCUGUCACGGUCCCUGCUAACACUUCGUCUGAGUAAAAACAGGAUCACUCAGCUUCCUGUCAAGGCCUUCAGGCUGCCCAGGCUAAUACAACUGGAGCUGAACCGAAAUCGCAUCCGCCUGAUUGAAGGCCUGACGUUCCAGGGACUGGACAGCUUGGAAGUCCUGAAACUCCAGCGCAACAACAUCAGCAAACUGACUGAUGGGGCUUUCUGGGGUCUGGCCAAAAUGCAAGUUCUCCACCUGGAAUAUAACAGCCUGACAGAAGUGAACAGUGGCUCUCUCUAUGGCCUUUCCUCUCUGCACCAGCUGCACCUCAGCAACAACUCCAUCUCCCGCAUCAACCCCGAUGGCUGGAGCUUCUGCCAGAAGCUGCAUGAGCUGAUACUCUCCUACAACAACCUAACAAGGCUGGACGAGGGAAGCCUGGCAGACCUCGGGGGACUGCACGUGCUACGGCUGAGCCACAAUUCCAUCAACCAUAUUGCAGAAGGUGCUUUCAGGGGACUCAAAAACCUCCGUGUCCUGGAACUGGACCACAACGACAUCUCGGGCACAAUAGAAGAUACCAAUGGAGCCUUCACAGGCCUGGAAAACCUGAGCAAGCUAACUCUGUUUGGAAACAAGAUCAAGUCUGUGGCCAAGAAAGCGUUCUCAGGGUUGGAGGCUCUGGAGCACCUGAACCUCGGGGACAACGCCAUCCGCUCCAUCCAAGCCGACGCCUUUGCCAGGAUGAAGAGCCUGCGGCAGCUCCACAUUAACAGCGACAGCUUCCUCUGUGACUGCCAGCUGAAGUGGCUGCCCCAGUGGUUAGUGGAGAAGGAGCUGCAGUCCUUUGUGGUGGCCACCUGUGCCCAUCCUGAGUCACUGAAAAGCAAGAGCAUUUUUGCCAUCCAGCCAGAGAGUUUUGUGUGUGACGACUUCCCCAAGCCGCAGAUCAUCAUCCAGCCCGAGACCACGGUGGCUGUCCUUGGCAAGGACAUCCGCUUCACCUGCCUGGCGGCCAGCAGCAGCAGCUCCCCCAUGGUGUUUGCCUGGAAGAAGGACAACGAGGUGCUGCACAACGCCGAGAUCGAGAACUUCGCGCACGUGCGGGCCAAGGACGGGGAGGUGAUGGAGUGCACCACCAUCCUGCACCUGCGGCACGUCACCUUCGCGCACGAGGGCCGCUACCAGUGCGUCAUCACCAACCACUUCGGCUCCACCUACUCCAACAAGGCCCGCCUCACCGUUAAUGUGCUGCCGUCCUUCAUCAAAACCCCCCACGACAUCACGAGCCGGACGGGGACGACGGCGCGGCUGGAGUGCGCGGCCGAGGGCCACCCCACGCCGCAGAUCGCGUGGCAGAAGGACGGCGGCACCGACUUCCCCGCGGCCCGCGAGCGCCGCAUGCACGUCAUGCCCGACGACGACGUCUUCUUCAUCACUGACGUCAAGGUGGAGGACAUGGGCGUCUACAGCUGCACGGCGCAGAACUCGGCGGGCUCCGUGCUCGCCAACGCCACCCUCACCGUGCUGGAGACCCCGUCUUUGCUCCAUCCCCUGGAAGACCACGUGGUGUCCGUCGGUGAGACCGUGGCUCUGCAGUGCAAAGCCACGGGGAGCCCCCCGCCCCGCAUCACCUGGCUGAAAGGUGACCAGCCCCUGGUGGUGACAGAGAGGCACCACUUCACCUCGGGCAACCAGCUGCUGAUCGUGAGGAACGCGGCGCCGGAGGACGCGGGCAAGUACACGUGCGAGAUGUCCAACACGCUGGGCACGGAGCGCGCGCACAGCCACGUCAGCGUGCUGCAGGCGCUGGGCUGCCGCAAGGACCGCACCACCGUGGGCAUCAUCACCAUCGCCGUGGUGUGCAGCAUCGUGCUCACCUCCCUGGUGUGGGUCUGCAUCAUCUACCAGACCAGGAAGAAGAGUGAGGAGUACAGCGUCACCAACACAGAUGAGACCAUUGUCCCUCCUGAUGUGCCAAGCUACUUGUCCUCCCAAGGGACCCUCUCGGAGCGCCAGGAAGUGGCCAUUGGAGUGGACACCCAGCAGCCCAAUGGGCACAUUGACAGCAACGGGUUGUGUCAGGCUGAUGCUGGAAGGUGUCCAGAUGUUGAAGCUCCUGCUGUAGGUUGUAGACAGCCCAAGCUGUGUAUCAGCUACAAUAAAGACACUUGGAAAACUGAGGACAUGGCCAAUGGAAUGCUUGUUCCAGAUAAGACAGGCUUCGGGCUGCCCGUGGUGUGCGCGGAGUGCAGCGACAGCACGGACAGCGUGCACGCCCACCUCUACCCCAGGGACUCGGAGAGCCUGAGGCCCGUGGAGAGCCCCCAGGCCAGUGCCCUGAGCAGCAAGGAGCGCCACAGGAAGAGGGGUGCAGGCACCAGCCUCCUGCAUGCUCAGCCCUGCAAUGGCAUUGCCAGUGGCAAGAGGGGGGACACGGACGGGACCCUCUACCCCAGCAACCACGACAGGAUAAGGCCGGAGGGCGCGGCCGGCGCGCUGCUCGCAGACACGCACGGCUCCUCACAAGCAGCAGCAAAGCCUUCAGAGCUUAACAACCUUAAUUUGGUGAGAGCUUCACCUGCAGGAGGGUCAUUAAAGCAACUGAACGUGCUUCCUGAAAUAUCCCCAGCACUACUGGAUCUGCAGAGGGAAGCAGAGGUGCAGCAGGCUCUCCUGCCCAGCAGCACCACAGCCCAGCCCCGCGACUCCGCUCACGAGCCCCAGCUACCCAGCAGGUCUCUGGACUGAGAGCACAGACUGACUGCCACCUGCAAAUUAACAAACACACUAUUACUUUUUUAAAUUUUUUUUUUUUUUGCACAGAGUAUAUAGGCUACUUACUUCUACCUCGAAUCUUGAACUGAUGGCCUGGCAAAGGCAACCAACUGAGGUAUGAGAAACAAGCUUGUAUGGGGAACAAACUCCUGUUCGAGCGUCAUCUGAUUGUACAUAAUUUAAAACUUCCCUGAGAAGUAUGAAGUGUUCAAAAGUCAACUUGCAUAUGAAGCACAUAAAUGCAAGGGAUUAUUGUGUAAAGAGAAAAGUAUUUGAUACAAUUGUACAUAAGAGUUUUCAUAUAUAAAUAUAUAUAUUAAAAAAUAUAUAUAUCUUUUACAGAGGCUAUUUUAAUCUUUAGUGCAUGGAGAACUGAGUGAAAUUUUACAAUUUUGGCAAUAUUGUUUUCAGUAUCAGGUUGCUGUUAAACUUUGUGAGAGAAAUAAUUCUGGUGCCUUAAAUGCAUAAACAGAACUUUGAAAAGCCAGACUGUUCCAAAGGGAUUGUCCUCUUUUCAGUGGAAGUUCCUUUACACCAUGAACACCAGGGCUGGGGCAAUCCCAGGUGCUGGCUGGGUGGAGAAGUGACCAGGAGCAGCCCUGUGGAGAAGGACUUGGGAGUGUUGGUGGAUCAGAGGCUGGACAUGCCCUGGGUGUGCUCACAGCCCAGGAACCCAACCGUGUCCUGGCCUGCAUCCAGAGCGUUGUGGGCAGCAGAGUCUCCUCCUCUGCUCCACUCAGGUGAGACCCCACCUGGGGUUCUGCACACAGUUCUGGUGCCCUCAGUAUAAGGAGGACUGGAGUAAUGAGACAAGGAGUAAUGAAUUCAAACUGAAAAAGGGGAAAUUUAGGUUAGAUACAGAAGAAAUUGAAAUUCUUCCCCGUGAGGGUGGUGAGACCCUGGUACAGGUUGCCACAGAAGCUGCAGGUGUCCCACCCCUGUGUUCAGGGUUCAGGUGUUCAGGCUGGAUGGACCUCUGAACAACCUGGACUAAUGAAAGGUCUCUGUGCCCAUGGUAGGGGAUUGGAACAAGAUCAUCUUUAAGGUCAGGACAGGCUGGAUAGAUGGGCUAAAUCCAACAACAUGAAGUUUAACAAAUCCAAGUGCUGUGUCCUGCACUUUGGCCACAACAACCCCCUGCAGCACUACAGGCUGGGGACAGUGCCCAGGCAGGACGGGACCUGGAAUUUAGGAAGGACAUUGAGUGCUGUGUCCAGCUGUGUCCCCUCAGUUUAGGAAGGACAUUGAGUGCUGUGUCCAGCUGUGUCCCCUCAGUUUAGGAAGGACAUUGAGGCGCUUGAGCGUGUCCAGAGGAGGCAGCGAGGCUGGAGAGGGGCUUGGAGCACAAACCCUGUGAGGAAGGGCUGAGGGAGCUGGGGGUGUUCAGCCUGGAGAAAAGGAGACUCAGGGGUGACCUUAUCAAUCUCUACAACCUCCUGAAAGGUGGCUGUGGUCAGGUGGGGUCAGGCUCUUCUUCCAGGCAACCACUGACAGGACAAGAGGACACAGCCUUAAGCUGUGCCAGGGGAAGUUAAGGCUGGACAUUAGGAAACAAUUCUUCACAGAAAGUGAUUGGGCAAUGGAAUUGUCUGCCCAGGGAGGUUGGUGGAGUCACCAUCCCUGGAUGUGUUUAAAAGAAGACUUAGCCAUGGUUUAGAUGGUAAGGUGGUGUUAGGUCAUAGGUUGGACUUGAUCAUCUCAAAGGUCUCUUCUAACCUAGUUAAUCCUGUGAUUCUGUCCCUUCCAACCCAAGACAUUCUGUGAUUCAAUUGGGUUACUUAGCACAAAUUUCCUCCCCCUUGGAAAUUUAUUGUACUUAACAUAUUUAAUAGCAGAGAUCUUCAACUGUGUCAAAUGAAAUUUAUAAAGAAAAAAAGCAGUGAGCAAUUACAUAGCAACCUGAUAUUUUCCUGUUGGUGGAAGAACUUAAAUUCCAUUAUUUUUCAAUCUUUAUGAAAGUUAGUAUUUGAACUGUGACUGUGUGAGACUUCAGAGUGGACCACACAGGAGGCACUAAAUAACUCUUCAACAGUGCAGAGCCCCAAAACAACCAGAGGAAAAAGCUGUUUUGACUGGGAAGGAGUUGUUACCAAAAUAAAUAACUUGUGCAGUAAACCAGGGGUGGUCUCAUAACAGUGCACCUCUCAAACACAUCAUCACAGGAGGUGUUCCCUGCCGUGUGUCUGGCACAGCACUGAGCACCACAGGCCCUUUCCCUCCCAGAGGGACCCAGCUCUACCUGUCUGAGGUGUGUGCAGUGAUCCAGCCUUGCUCUGCUUAGAAUAAAUAACCUGUGCCAGUAUAAUGCAUUUUCACACCCAAAAAACACAUCUGUUCCAGGGGGGGUUGAAACCAUGGAGCUGUUUUGACAACAAAACUAAACUACACUCCUAAGGGGACAGCUGUAUCACUAAUUCAUCCAAUACUUUUGGGUUUUUUUUUUUCCCUGCAACACAAUAUUACUCUUUGUAGUUGAACAACCAGACUCUCUAUAUGAAAAUAUCACCUUCAAGUGAGUUAUGCUGCCUUGUGUAGCAAUUCUGGCUUAGUUAGAAAUACACUUGUCUUAUAAAGAAAACUGUGGAUUCAUGGUUGAAUAGACUUUUAAAUGGAAACAUCCGGAAUGUUUUUAUGUGGUCUUUUAAGUUCUCCAUUAUUGGGGGGGGUAUAAAGCAAUGCCCCCCUCAGUCAAACAGAUCUUUGUCACUUCUGACUUCACAAUGAUGCAUUUUAUUUAUAGAAGGUUUGCUUUCUGCUGGUGUUUGAUGGUACCUGUGGAUGGAGGACUCCCAGUUCUUUGUGAUUUGAGUUCUGCUAACAUGUGGUUGCUGACUCUGGUGGUGACUACUUUGGGGCACAUUUAUCAUGGGAGGGAGGGGGGAGUGGUUGUUUUUUCCCUUAGGAGAAACUCAAAUACCAGUUCUACUGAGGCCGAGUGUGGGGAUCCACCUUUGCCAGGGCUGUGUCACAACAAGCAGCAGAGAAAAGGGCAGGAACACUUCAUGUUCACUUUAGAUCCAUCUCUGAGGGCCCUGCCCCAGUGCUGCUGCACCUGUGGGGUUUCAGCGAUGGCUGCAGGCUGCCCUUGGCUUCAGUAGGAGCUGGUCCUACCCAGCCUGAGCUUGAGGAGCCACAGCUCCUGUAAGGGAGGAGCUGAGGGUCAGGGAGAGCAGCAGCUGCCCCUGGGUGAAGCCAGGCAUAAUUCAGCCCUACCUGUCUGUCCCAGCCCUGACCAUGACACGUUUGCACUUUGAGACAGGUGGUGAAUUAUGUCAAGUGCCAAGUUUAUUCCAAGCAAAGGAAAUGGAGAUUAGAAAAUUAUAAACCGAGCACAGUUUUCCCUUCACUGAAGGGAAAAGUGCUCCAGAACCAACUUGUGGAACCAGGGACAGGGGGAAGAUGGGAAUGAUUCAUUUUGCUGGCAGAAAUGUCAUCACCAGGGCGGAUACAAAGCAUAUUUGCCAUGUUAACAUUGAAAAUAAUGUUUCUGAAUAAAGUUAACUGCCUAAUGUUAUGACUUCCACUAAAUAUGUGAAUUUGCUGCUUCUAAGAGGCAAUGUGAAAGAGGAAGUAUUACUUUUGUGUACAAAAUUAUUUAUUUAUUAGAAAAUUUGGUACAAUGUUGUACAUUGAAAAACAUGUAAGAUAUUGAAGUGUCUAACAAAUGGCAUUGAAGUGUCUUUAAUAAAGGUUUCAUUUAUAAUAUUAUGGCUGAUUUGUUGAGAGUGAGCUUUUGGGAGUUUCAGUUGAAAAUUAAAUAAAAUUCUAAUCCAUUGCUAA